AUGAUUCUGCUACUUAAUAUAGAUGAUAUAAUUUUAACUGGCAAUGAUGAUACUCUUAUGCAUAUAUUAGUUACAUCUUUGAGUGAUGAAUUUGAAAGUAAGCAAUUAGGUGAUCUGAAUUAUUUUUUGGGGAUUGAAGUAACUAGAACAAAGGAUACUAUGGUCUUAACACAGAAAAAGUAUAUUUUAGAAUUGCUUACUAAGGCAGAUAUGUUAGAAUGUAAACCUGCUAAUACUCCAGUUGUGAAAGAAUCAAGAGCUUCUAUACAUGAUGGAGUUUUACUUGAAAAUGUUGUUGAAUAUAGGACUUUAGUUGGGAGUUUACAAUACUUAACAAUGACAAGACCUGAUAUUGCAAUUGGGGUGAAUUAUGUUUCCUGGUUUAUGCAUGCUCCAACAGAUGUACAUUUUUUGUUAAUCAAAAGAAUUCUUAGAUAUUUGAAAGGUAUUAUUGGAUUAGGAAUUACUUUGAGAAAAGGUGAUAUUUCAUCAAUCACAACUUUUACUGAUUCUGAUUGGGAUGGUUCCCUUGAUACAAGAAGAUCUACAUCAGGCAAUGCAGUUUUUAUGUGCAAAUCUUUCAUUUCUUGGUCCAGUAAGAAACAACCCACUGUGUCAAGAUCAUCUGCUGAGGCAGAGUACAAAUGCUUGCUAGUCACUGCUUCUGAUCUUUUUAAAGAACUACAUGUUUCAGUCACUUAUCCUAUUACAGUCUACUGUGAUAAUACUUUAGCAAUUUGCUUAGCUUCAAACCAUGUGUUUCAUGCCAGGGAAAAACACAUAGAGGUGUGGUAUCAUGUUGUAGAGAUUUGGUCUUGGAAGGUUUUAUUAAAGUUCAACAUAUUGCCUCUCAACAUCAACUGGCUGAUCUUUUCACCAAAGGACUCCGUUUUCCAGCAUUUUCUUCUUCAACUACCGGGAACUACCGUUGCUGCUGAAGAUGUUGAACAGUGUCAGUCAUCUACUGGUGCUGUUGCAGACUCUGUUUUUAGUUCUCCCUUUAUUGGUUUAGAUUUCCUUAAUGUUGUUUUUUAA